AUGUAUUCAUCACACAACAAACGCAAAAGGGACACCCAUAGUGUCCUGUCUGCCCCACAGCUGAAAAGAGAAUCGGUAACUCUGUUUUUGCCGAAAAAAUCGAGGUUCAUUCUUAUGGUCCCUGCAUUGCCACUUGCAGCCGUGGAGUCACUACAACAACUGGUCCUUGCACUGCCACUUGCAGCCAUGGAGCCAAAUACAACAAUUGGUCCUUGCACUGCCCCUCGCAGCCGUGGAUCCAAAACUACCUCUGGUCCUUGCACUGCCACUUGCAGCCGUAGAGCCAGGUACACUACAGGUCCUUGCACUGCUAAUGCAGCCGUGGAGCCUGAUACAACAAAAGAAACAACACUGCUUACUUGA